GGUCACACCUAGUCUGGUAGUUGGACAUGUGGUAGAAAUGGCUCUUUGGGUUGUAAUCACACAUGUCGUGUGACGCUCUUGACGCUUGAUGUCGCCAGAGGAUCUUAGAAUCUUCUGCGCAUGCUCCACAGCUGUUGUUUACUAACAAGAUAAGCUAGCGGAAGUGAGCUUUCCAAGCCUCUUGAGGCACAUUUUUGUGUUCACAAUGUCUGUGAAGCACGCCAUUAGCCGGGGGCUGGAGUUGGGACGCUCCUUCCUUCAGCUGGGUCUUCUUAAAUCCCGUGGCCGAGUCGCAGCGAAGCUCCUAGCUGAGCGUUUCCGUGCAGGCCCGUCGGUCCGCACCGUUCAGCCUCAGGCUUUCCUGCCGUCCCGGUACCGGUAUUACCGCACCUCCCUGAAGGGGCUGGCAGCCCAGCUUCAGUACGCCGGCUUCAGGAGGAGGUUAACCGGCGGCUCGCCUCGUAACAGGGCCCUGUUUUUGGCUUUCGGUCUCGGCGUGGGUCUCGUCGAGCAACAGCUUGAAGAUGACAGACGGAGUGCGACAGCCUGUCAGGAGAUCCAGGCAGUGUUCAGAAAGAAAACGUUCCAGAGCCCUCUCAUACCGUUCAGCUCUGGAUACAAGCUGGAAGACUACAUCAUUGGAAACCAGAUUGGUAAAGGUUCAAAUGCAGCUGUGUACGAAGCGGCACCUCAGUUUUUUAACUCAAAGGAAAGCAAUGGAGAGCACUCGCUGGAACAGGUCAGAGAAGACAAAGAGGAUGUCCAGAUGGUGAGAUCUCCAACGUGCUGCUCUCUGAUGAACUUCCCCCUGGCUAUCAAGAUGUUGUGGAACUUUGGGGCAGGGUCUUCGAGUGAGGCGAUAUUAAAAUCUAUGUCACAGGAGCUGGUUCCUUCUGGUCCUCUUGCAUUUAAGCCAGAAGAGGAAGAGAUCACCCUGGAUGGAUAUUUUGGAGUCGUCCCUAAAAGGGUCUCUGCUCACCCUAAUGUGAUCAGAGUUCACCGGGCGUUCACUGCAGAUGUGCCGUUGCUUCCAGGAGCUCAGGAAGAGUAUCCAGAUGUGCUUCCAGCCAGACUCAACCCCGCAGGCCUGGGCAACAACCGCACUCUUUUUGUGGUCAUGAAGAAUUAUCCCUGCACACUGCGACAGUACCUGCAGGUGACCAAGCCCAGCUGCAGGCAGAGAUCCCUGAUGGUACUGCAGCUCCUGGAGGGGGUGGAUCAUCUGUGCCAGCAGGGCGUCGCCCAUCGGGAUCUCAAGUCAGACAACGUGCUGCUGGAGUUUGACUCGGGUGGUUGUCCUCGUUUAGUGAUUACUGACUUUGGCUGCUGUUUGGCUCAGAGUGGCUCCAGCCUACAGCUUCCCUUCAGCAGCCUGUGUGUCAGCAGAGGAGGAAACAUCUCGCUCAUGGCUCCUGAGGUGGUCACCGCAGUCCCAGGAAGCGGUGUGGUGAUUGACUACAGCAAGGCGGACGCCUGGGCCGUUGGGGCGAUCUCCUAUGAGAUACUUGGAGAGCAGAACCCGUUCUAUCAGGCUGGGGGACUGCGUAGCACCGACUACCAGGAGAAACAGCUUCCUCUGUUUCCUUCCAGAAGUCCAGCUGAUGUGCAGUUGGUGAUACAAUUACUUCUCAGGAGAAACCCAGAGCGGCGGCCCAGUGCACGUGUAGCGGCUAACAUGCUACAUCUCAGCCUCUGGGGUCGGAAGGUUUUGGCCAGUCAGGACAGUGCUGGCACGAAGAAACUCGUUGACUGGUUGCUGUGCCAGUCUGCGGUGGUUCUCCUGAAGGGCUGUGCUGGACCCAGUGGGAAUGGGGUGGAGGCGGAGCUUCAGAGAAGCUUUCUGUCCAAUCUGGACCUGGUGGAGCUGCGCACCGCAAUGGGCUUCCUCCUCUAUGGUUGGGAGCAGCGCCGCGGCUGCUCUCUGUCAGCGUAGAUCCGGUCCAAACCGUAACUCGGACCCUCAAAAAGAAACGCUGGUAGUUAAACUAUGGGUGGAUACCUGCUGUGUUUUUGUUGUGCUUGAUUUAACAUUUAGCUGCUGUAUGAAUGAGCAGUAGCUUAACGCUCAUGCGAAAGGCCGGAUUUCAGCGUCAGCUAGCUCGAAAACCUUUUAUAGCACACAGAAAUUUUACACGUUUACUGAAAAUGACAGCUCCAGGUCUUCCUGGAUUUUUUUGUAUGGGAUCAAAUUUAUUAUUGAAAGUCAGAGAACGGGGUUCUGGAUUUGUUCAGCCUGGUUUCACGUGAGUGAGUGAGUGAGGGAGUGAGUGAGUGAGUGAGUGAGUGAGUGAGUGAGUGAGUGAGGGAGGGAGGGAGGGAGCGAGCGAGCGAGCGGACUGCUCCCUCUCCAUCAUAGUUUGUAUCCUCACAAUGACUGUUUUCCAGCCAGAUGGAGCAACAUCUCACGCUAACUGGAACACAACAUCAUGCAGAAGGUGUGGGUGUAUGCGUGAGUGAUGACCCAUGUGAGAAAGUCUGUGAAGGUCUAACAGAAGACGUCACCAAGGAGGAACUUUAUACAAAGGACAGCUGGGAGGGAAUGAUUUUAGAGAUCCAGAGUUCUACUGGGUCUAAAUGUGCGAGAGCCGUCUGCAGGGACACCCAAGUCCAACUGGCCACUUGUUCAAGGGAAAUCUGGUCAGAGGAAGUCUGGAACAAACCUUUAGAGGCUAAAUUUAAUCCCACACAAAGAUGAGUAACAUCUGUAUUCAAAAGUACAAAAAACAUAAAUUUAUAUCAAAGGCUUUUGGAAGUAACUGAUGUUCCAAAACGGGUCAAUUCUUCCCUUUUGCUUUAGUUUUUGAAUAAAAAUUUCAGUACCUAAUCUUUAAAAAUCUAAUUUAUCACUGAGAUGUUUGUUAAUUUAAAAAAAAAAACUAAAAAUUCUGUAAUGAGAGUAGAAAUGGCUGCUGGUGGUUAAGAGUAGAUCCUGUCUCCUGAAAGCUCUCAUGCACAUUUGUAGACACAGGUCUGUCACAGUGUGGAAGUGACCAAUGCAGAUAUUUAAAAUUAAAACCAUGUUACACUUGUGAGGAUCUACUGGGUAGGGUGAGGUCAGCUACCUGCAGGUGCAACAUCUGAAACCCUCUCCAAAGAGCUGGUUUUAGGAGGUUUCUGCGUAACGUGUGUUCGGCAUGCUUAACAAAGAUGAAGUCAUGGUAAAACAUCCAUAGAUCAUUAGUACCAUGCACAGGGGCGGAUCUAUAAGGGUGGCAUAGGGUGGCAGUUGCCACCCUAAAAGAAAGCCUUGCUACCGCUGCUGCCACCCCAGCUGGUAGCUAUAAAUUCAAGAAAAAUCAACGUUUUUCAACUGUCUGGCUCAUAAAGACCUAUUUGCAGUCUCCUUUGACAGAGAAAAGACUAUGAAGCUAGGCUGUACUCAGCAUUGAAUCAAAACGGGCAAAAUCUUUGGACCUUGAUGAAUGUGUAAAUUGUUUUGCUGAGCAACAUGGAAACUGCCGCAUUCAGCUGUUGUAGGAAGGACAUAAUUUUAUUAUGUGUUUUAUUUUCAUGAUGGGCCUUUAAGCUUAUUAAAUGAGGACCCAAAACAAAUGAAUAUGCAAAUCCUGGGAAAAUAAAAAGGAAAACGUCUCUCUCUCUCUCUCUCUCUCUCUCUCUCUCUCUCUCUCUCUCUCUCUCUCUCUCUCUCUCUCUCUCUCUCUCUCUCUCUAUCUCUAUCUCUAUCUAUCUAUCUAUCUAUCUAUCUAUCUAUCUAUGUGUGUGUGUAUAUAUAUAUGAAUGGCCACCCUAGAAAAAUGUUUGCCCCUCUUCUGCCACCCCAUAAAUAAUUUUGUAGAUCCGCCCCUGACCAUGCAUAAUAAUGCACUCCGUUUUCCUGUUUGCAUUUUUCUAGAAUUGUAUUCAAGAAUAGUUGGUGUUUUAAAUGUGUUAUAAAUGAAAAGCAACCAUUUCACCGUCGCUAGAAAGACAGAUUCAUUUACUGCACUAUAUGGUUAUUUUCAGCUGUACGUCAGUAGUUUGGGAUGCAAAUCCAUGUUGUAAUUAUAGUUUGGUACAUUGAAGAUUGUUGGAAAUAUUUUUGGACAUGUAGAAAGGUUGAAUUUCAGAAUAAAAUCAUUUCAAACGCAA